GACUGUGAAUCUCCUAAAGGAUCCAGCCCGGCCCUCGAAAUCAAUUCACCGCGCGAUUCGCGCGAGUCGAGAGUGCCAUUGUUGCGAUCUAAAAUGUCUCCAAAAGCUCAGGAAAAUCGAUUUCUUUCGGAGCAUAUCGUCAAACCAUAGUGGUGUACUUGAUCAUCAAAAAAGAAAAUGGGGAACAAACAGGGAAGAAAUGAUCCCUCCAGUGGUGGCCAGCAAGAGUGGCCGCAAAAUCAAGACCGCCCAAGAGAGGAAGAAGAAAGAAAAGAGGAUUCCUCUCCCUCCAAGAUGAGGAACACCAAGUCCGCCAUAGCCGGAUCCUCGACACCCCUCCGGGGCUCCGCGGCAUUCAAGGCGGGCAACGUCCUGGGCCGCCCCUUCUCGGAUCUCCGCCAGGAAUUCGCCCUCGCCCGCGAGCUGGGCGCCGGCCAAUUCGGCGUCACGCGCCUGUGCUCGCGCAGAUCCACCGGCGAGCGCCUGGCCUGCAAGUCCAUCGCCAAGCGCAAGCUCCUGGAUCGCAGCGAUGCCGAGGACGUCCGGCGCGAGGUCCAGAUCAUGCACCAUCUCUGUGGCCACGCCCACAUCGUGGCGCUCCGCGAGGUGUUCGAGGACAAGGGGAGCGUCCAUCUCAUCAUGGAGCUGUGCGAGGGCGGCGAGCUCUUCGAUCGGAUCGUCCAGCGCGGGCACUACAGCGAGAGGGCGGCGGCGACGCUGUGCCGGACCAUGGUGCUUGUGCUCCAGACGUGCCACUCGCUCGGGGUGAUGCAUCGGGAUCUCAAGCCCGAGAAUUUCUUGUUCGCCAGCGCCGACGAGGAUUCGCCGCUCAAGGCCACCGAUUUUGGCCUCUCCGUGUUCUUCAAGCCCGGUGAGACCUUCAAAGAUCUUGUUGGCAGCGCGUUCUACGUUGCCCCCGAAGUUCUUAGACGCAACUAUGGACCUGAGGCCGAUAUUUGGAGUGCUGGAGUAAUCCUAUACAUUCUUCUCAGCGGAGUUCCACCUUUCUGGGCUGAAACGGAGCAAGGGAUUUUCGAUGAAGUUCUUCGCGGCCACCUCGAUCUUUCCAGCGACCCUUGGCCAUCAAUCUCCGACGGUGCCAAGGAUUUGCUGCGCAAGAUGCUCAAGCAAGACCCCAAGGAGAGGAUGACACCACUGGAAGUUCUAAACCAUCCUUGGCUCAAAGAAGAUGGCGAAGCGCCGGACGUGCCGCUGGACAACGCAGUGCUCUCGCGAAUGAAGCAGUUUUCUGCCAUGAACAAGCUCAAAAAGCUUGCACUUAAGGUGAUUGCCGAGAGUCUAUCCGAGGAAGAGAUCAUGGGACUCAAAGAGAUGUUUAAGAGCAUUGACACAGAUAACAGUGGGACGAUCACUUACGACGAGUUAAAAGCUGGACUCGCAAACUUGGGAUCCGCUCUCGCGGAACACGAAGUCCAGCAGCUCAUGCGAGCAGCUGACGUUGAUGGAAAUGGCUCGAUCGAUUACACGGAGUUUAUCACCGCGACCAUGCAUCUCAACAAAACGGAGAAGGAGGAUCACCUAUACUCUGCUUUCCAGUUCUUCGACAAGGAUAACAGCGGGUACAUCACUGUGGAAGAACUGGAGCAAGCUCUCGGCGAUCUAAACAUGCAAGACUUGACAGAAAUCAUCAAAGAAGUGGACACAGACAAUGACGGGAAGAUCGACUACGAUGAAUUUGUAGCCAUGAUGCGAGGAGCAAAUCCCCCAAGAACAGCUGCUGUCGCGGCCAAAGCCGCAGAGAAGAGUUCCUCUUGAAGAAGAAGAAGAAUAAAACUUAGAGAGAGUGUUCUGUCAUAUGGUGGAAGGAGGGAUGGUUUCGUUAGAAAAAAACGCUGUUUGAUGGAGUACCA